UGGCUUUCCGCGGACCAGGGCCCAGGGUGCGCUGUUGGUGGCGUCCUCUCCGCUCCUGACUCACCGCUGUUCGCUCGCGCCGAGGAACAAGUCGGUCAGGAAGCCGCGCCUCAGCCAUGGCGUUUAAGGACACCGGGAAGACGCCCGUGGAGCCCGAGGUGGCGAUCCACCGGAUCCGGAUCACCCUCACCAGCCGCAACGUGAAGUCGCUGGAGAAGGUGUGUGCCGACCUGAUCCGAGGCGCCAAGGAGAAGAACCUCAAGGUGAAGGGGCCCGUGCGCAUGCCCACCAAGACCUUGAGAAUCACGACGAGAAAAACGCCUUGUGGGGAGGGCUCCAAGACGUGGGAUCGCUUCCAGAUGAGGAUCCACAAGCGGCUCAUCGACCUGCACAGCCCUUCGGAGAUCGUGAAGCAGAUCACGUCCAUCAGCAUCGAGCCGGGAGUGGAGGUGGAGGUCACCAUCGCCGACGCCUGAGCGGCCGGCCUAAUAAAUUGAGUAUCGCUUGUUAAAAAAA